AUGAUUGAGAGUUCUAAUGAACCGCCUAUUUUAGAACGAGUAGAAGAGCCAGUGACAGAUUAUGUGAUACCAGUUCAAGAGCAUCUCAACCCUAAUGAAGGGGAAGCAACUGCUCAACCAUCUUACUCUCAUCACGAGUCUCACCAAGAAGAUGAUAUUUCUGAACCACUACCUGGCGGACCUACUGAUACAUCUAUUCUAAAAAGUUUUAAAAAUCAUGUUGCAUUUGCAAUAUGGGCAGGAGAGGAAAGAGGCAUAUUAAAAUGUAGAAAUCAUGGCCUCAAAAUUCCUGAAUGGCCAUUGAAUAAUCAGCCUCGUGUUCGUGAUAUUGUUAUGAGCUCUAGCUUAUCACCCUUGCUAGAAUGUACUUAUCGAAAUAUAAAUCAUGCUCUAGUUUCAGCAUUUACAGAGAGAUGGCAACCUGAGACUAAUACAUUUCAUUUGCCAUUUGGAGAGUUAAGUAUAACAUUAUAUGAUGUUGCUGCUAUUUUGAAGAUUCCAGUAACAGGAAGAUCUCUCGGCAUUGCUAUUAGACGAGAGGUGAAGAGUAUUGCUGGAUAUCUUACCUUACUUGAGGGAGCAGCUUGA